GUUGACAUUACGUCAUCAUCUCCCACACUGCCCUUCUAUUCCUCUUUCUCUUCGUUCCGCCCUUUUUCGCCCGUAUCACCCUGAUAUCAAUAUCAUUGAUGCUCACCUGAACGCGCUUCCAGAGAAAUCCUCUGAUCCCUGUCCUCUUGUUUGGCUCCACUUGAUGCUCAUUCUUCAACGGUUUGAUCGCAUCUGCAACCCUGAUGGUGAUUAUUCAACUGAUCCCUCACCCGGUAUGCUGUGGAUUGAGCGAGAGCGUCGUCAACUCUCCUCUCCUUCUUCUUCUUCCUCUGAACACGCUCAUUCUGAAUCACCAACCGCCUUGUGAACGGUGACGUAGUUGUGAUAUUUCAGCAAAUCCACACUUAAUUUAACAAAGAUCAAAAGGUUUGAUGAGAUGAAUGAGACUUUUAUUAUACCAAAAGAAAUU